CACCGUAGUUACAGAUGUUACAAACGGCUAGCGUGAUUACACUGUCUUCAUUCAUUAAAAACGUUAGGUAACCUUACGAUACAACCGGUGAAAUAUCCCAAAGACUCAUAACGUGCAGAGAAAUGGUCCGGGUUAAACAGGGUUUUCUGCUAUUUACCGAUGGCCGAAGUCGAUGCGAAGCUGUUAUUGACAAAGCAAUCAUUUAUUAGCUCGCCGGUGAGCCAAUUCUUUGUUAGAGAGAAAUGCUAUUCUUGUCCAAAAAUCAGCUCUUUACAGUUGAUAGAUAGUAGAUUCGGGGAAGCACGAGUCAGAUGUCGAUGAUUGUAUCGAUUGAAAUGCAUGCCAUGGCGCGCAAAGCUGGAUUGAGCUGUUGAUAACGCAUAGGACUGAACAAUGAGGAGAAAGAAAGGAACAUCCUCAAAUCAUGUGGAUCCCGCGGAGUCAGACACUAUCAUUCCAGAGACUCCUGAAACCCAACGUCCAUCAGGAUCAGCUCUCUCCACUGCCCUUUCUGACUCUGACUCUGAUAUUGAGAUAUUAGGCAGUUCCAUGAUGCCAGUCAGGCAAGAAGAGCCUGAGAAAAUAGUGUUGUCAUCUGAUGAGAUAUCACUGUCUGAUAAAGAAGAAGUAACUGUGGUGAAGAUUGAGAGGAUGCCGAAGCACAGCAGAACAACAAGAUCUACCUCAAAAGCUCUAAAAACACGACAGAAAGGAUCACGUAUGGUGACCAAUAGUGCGCGCCCCUCACCCGUGAAGACAUCUGAGAUAGCAGCGUCUGAUUCGGUCCACGAGAGGAGACAGCAGCAGAUGUGUGGCGCUUCCCAGGAGAGCGACAGCUCCCAUCGCAGGAGAAAGAGGCGGGCUUCUGCGGUGGAUGAUUCAGAGGAGGAGGGGCCUGAGCCGAGAUCUAAAGAUCAGGAACGUAUGCUGAGAAAACUUCAGAGGAAGUUUCCCCAUCUUAACAAGAAUGAACUCAGGGAUGUGCUUCAGGAACAUAGCUGGCUAAUUGACGAUGCCUUGGAAACACUACGAAUGUUCUCUGACCUUGUUGAGUCUGAGGAUGAUGCCUCGCAAAUUUCUACUGCUGCCAAACGCCCCAGACGGGUUGCAAGUACCCGUCAACAAGCUCAGGUUGUCCAGCUUCCCAGCCCACCUCAACCAAAACCACACAGACCUCUUGACAGGACCAAAACAUCUCAGAGGAGUGCAAUGCAGUCGGUAGUGACCAAAACCAUAUAUGUGAGCUCAGAGGAGGAGUGCAGUGACUCUGAGGCCUCUUUGAUGAAUGUAUUACUGGACUCUGACUCUGACCAAUCAGAUGAAACCCUAUCCAAACUCAAAUCUGAGAUCCUCCGCUUCUUUCAGACCGCGUCUGUGGAUGAGCUCACACUCAUUGCAGGAUGCUCUUUGAAGAAGGCUCAGAAAAUCACCGAGCUGAGGCCCUUUAAAACAUGGAAAGACCUGGAUGACGCCAUGCACAGAAGAAAUGGUCUUUCCACUGAGCUGCUGGCAGGAUGUCGGGAGGUUCUGAAGGAAAGGGGAGUUGUAAAAGGUCUCAUGAGCAAGUGUGAGGAGAUAUCGGUAAAACUGAUCCAAGACGUGACCCAAGUGAUGAACAAGGGCCCAGGCGCUAUGAGCCAACCCCAGAUCCUCACUAGCACAUUCCAGCUGAAACCGUACCAGUUAAUUGGACUGAACUGGCUGGCUUUACUCCAUCAGAACAAACUUAGUGGAAUCCUGGCAGAUGAGAUGGGUUUGGGGAAGACUAUUCAGACCAUCUCGUUUCUGGCCUACCUUUAUCAGGAAGGGAACCAUGGGCCUCAUCUCAUCACCGUUCCUGCUUCUACACUUGAUAAUUGGGUUCGGGAACUGAAACUUUGGUGCCCCAGUUUCAAAGUGUUGGUAUAUUAUGGGUCUGCUGAGGAUCGCAAGUAUAUGCGCUAUGAGAUUCUGAAUCAAAUAGUGGAUUACAACAUCAUUGUCUCCACUUACAACCUGGCUAUUGGAAAUAGCAAUGACCGCAGCCUGUUCUGCAAGCUCAAGCUGGAGUAUGCUGUGUUCGACGAAGGCCACUUGCUGAAGAACAUGAACUCGCUGCGCUACCGACACCUCAUGGCCAUCAACGCUAAAUAUCGUCUUCUGCUCACUGGAACCCCGCUGCAAAACAACCUACUGGAGCUCAUGUCUCUGCUCAACUUCAUCAUGCCCAAUAUGUUUCACAGCAGCACUUCACAGAUCUCCAAGAUGUUCUCAAUGAAAUCUUCAGAGGAGCAGAGCAGCUUCGAGAGGGACAGGAUCACCCAUGCCAAGCUCAUCAUGAAACCCUUCAUCCUCAGACGUGUGAAGAGCGAGGUCCUGAAGCAGCUGCCUGCCAAAGAGGAGCAGGUUGAAUUUUGUGCCAUGUCCGAGAAGCAGCAGGAACUCUACAACGCUCUUUUCCACAAACUGAAGCGCUCCAGUAAUGGGGAAAAACGCGAACUGACCAAUGUGAUGAUGCAGCUGAGGAAGAUGUCCAACCAUCCGCUUCUUCACCGGCAGUAUUAUACCACAGAAAAACUCAAAGCUAUGAGCAGACUCAUGCUCAAGGAGCCGAGUCACCGUGACGCAGAUCCCGCUCUCAUCAAAGAGGACAUGGAGGUGCUCUCAGACUUUGAGUUGCACCGCCUCUGUCAGCAGUAUUCUGCACUGCAGGAAUACCAACUCGACACAGACAUACUGCUGGACUCGGGGAAGCUCGGCCUCCUCGCACAGCUGCUGAACUCCCUGAAGGAGAAGGGUGAUCGAGUGGUGCUGUUUAGCCAGUUCACAAUGAUGCUUGACAUUUUGGAGGUGUUCUUGAGACACCAUAAGCACAGAUACAACCGAAUGGACGGUUCAACCCCCAUGAGUGACAGAAUUGGGCUGAUUGACCAGUUCAACACAGACCAGGAUAUAUUUGUGUUCCUGCUGUCCACCAGAGCCGGGGGACUAGGCAUUAACCUGACUUCAGCCAAUGUGGUCAUCCUUCACGAUAUCGACUGCAACCCUUACAAUGACAAACAGGCAGAGGGACGCUGCCACCGGGUGGGACAAACCAGGACGGUGAAGGUGAUCAAGCUGAUAAGUAAAGACUCCAUAGAGGACGCCAUGCUCCGCAUUGGAGAAAGAAAACUCAAACUGGAGCAGGACAUGACUGCAACUCAGGAGGGUGAAGAGGACACAUUACCUGAUGAUAUUACCUCGCUGCUCAAAGCUUCUCUUGGACUCUGAAAGCUGGCUCAGGCUCAAAGCAUACUGUGAUAUUGUGACACUUGACCGAAUCUGAAAGAAAAAAAGUACUGUAGUACACUGGAGUUUGAUUUUUCUAUACUGCUCGAAAAAAAUAUGAGGUUUAAAGGAGCAGAUAUGUUUACAUUUCUACCGUUCUUGGCAAAAAAAAAAAAACUGUAAUAUUGUGGUGAUGUUGGUGUUUGUUUGAUAGUUUUUGUAUUCAUCGAGGUUUAAAACCUCAGUUGUUUGAUUAAAAAAAGUGUAUGUUGUUGAACAAAUUUUUGUUAUCUCCUCAUUACCUGAGCUGGUCUUGAUUUUGUGGUUUUGGUCUGGAUCUGGGUCUCAGAUAAGGAAACAGUCAGUUUCCAGCAACUGUACAAUGUG